AUGGAAAUUGAGAAGAAAAAACAUAAAGAAAGGCUAGAGAAACAGGAUGAGUUGAAAAAGAAAAAAAAGGGAAUUAAAUUAAAAAGUGGGGAUACAUGUUGCGGUCCAAUACUUGCUGGCGUUCCUCCAAAAAUUAAAGAAAAGGAAAAGAACCUUAGACAUCAAGAUCUCAAAGAAAAGGAUGAAAUCAAUGCUAAAUUAGAUGAGGAUGUUUGGCUUGGAAAAAAGAGAGCUGAAGAAGUUAUGGAGGAACAUGAAAAGAAAUUGGAAAAUUGGAAGGCAAAGACACAAACUUCGACUGAAAAAUCUACAAAAGAGAAUACUGUUAUAGAAAAUAUUUUAUCCACGAAAAGAAAACAACAUUCUGAUGCUGGUACUAGUAAUGGAUUUGGAAAUGCGAGUAAGAAGCUGGGGUUUUACAAAAUUAUGGAUGGUGAAAAAAGAAAAUCCAAAUCUAAAGAGAAAUGCGAUUUUGGAAUAAAUGAAAAUCUAAAAAUUAUUUCUGAUAUUGAUAAAUCAAUCGGCGCUUUGGAAGAGGAACUCCGUCAAUCAGGCAGUAAAACAUCACAACCAUCUUCCUCAUCUUUUUGCAAUAAUAAAUCCUUAAAUAUAAAGAAGAAUGAUGAAGGAAAAAAGAGGGUACCAAUUUGGAGGCAGAAGAGCAAUGCUCCAACUGAUAUUAGAUUGGAGAAUAAACUUAACAAUGCGAGAAAAUCAAGCGACGAAAUAAUUAAUUCAUUAUUUGAGGGAGAUGAUUUAACAGUUGAGGGAUCGACAACAAAGUCGAAUAAAUGUGAUAACAAGAAACUUAAACUUGAUUCAAUAAGCCUUGUGCAUAAGAGGCGAAGGACUUCGAGCAGUAGUGAAAGAAAUAAAAAGAAAUCAAAACAGGAAGAUGAGGAGGAUCAAGAAACUCGAAAAGAGAAACAAGCUUUGGUGGAUCUCCUUUCAGAUGAUGAUAUCAUUCCGCUUUCCUCUAGAAUAGAAGAUAAUGAUAAAGAGGUGGACAAAGAUAAAACAACAUCUAAAGAAAGAAACAAUAUAUCAAUCUCAUCAAAUAAAGCAAUUCCUUCAAAUCUGCUUACUCUGCCAAAACUUUUAACGCCGACUGUCUCUAUUGCUUCAUCUUCUUCUAUUUCUGUUGUUCCUGCUACUCCGUCUCCUGUAGCCUCACCAUCCCAUAAAUCUUCAUCUCCGGCUCAAGAUAUGGCCAAAUCAAAAGCGCUUGUUUCUAAAAAAGUUGCUCCAACUGCUCAAGAACAAUUACAUUCACGAACUUUAUUAUCUAUUAACCAAUCAUCUGAUCAUGGCCACAAGGUAUCUGCUGAAGUUCGAAAAAAUGUUUCAACAGAAAGCUCAUCUAAACCUAAUAAUUUUCAACGAAAAUUGAGUAUCCCAUCAAAAACUGAACAACAAAAGCUCGUUCCUUUAGAUCCAAAUAAUCGAAAGGUUGCACUCCAACUUCGCCAGACAAAACUUAAAAUAAUUCAUGCAGAAUAUGUAAAAAUUUGUGUGAAUGAUCCAAAAAUGGCUAUUGAGAGUGCACAGCAUGAAGAAAAAGAAGUUCUUGAUCGUUGUUCUACUAAAAUUGGAUAUAUAUCCGCAAUACCAAAUGUUGUUAAACGAUUGCGAAACUUUGUUGCUAAUAAUGAGAAUGCACGAAAAGGCUCAGAUUCCAUCUCUCAUCAAAAUGUUUUAUUAGGUCGUCAUGCUGAUUCAGUUACAGUUGGAUUGCAAAAGGCAAAGCGUGUUGCUCAACAUAAAGCUUCGCAUCUCAGUGAAUCUGAUUUCUACAACGAAUUGGAAGUAUAUAUACUUUCUGAUGAUCAGCUUUGGGAGAAUGGCUAUCCAAGAUGGACUACAUUAACCCAAGAAAUCGAUGACGAUUUUGAUUCAUCUGAUGAAAGGCCUAGAAAUAUUGUUGAAAUCCGACAAUCUGAAUUGGAUUCAUCUAAGGGUCACAGCAAGUCGUUCAUAUCUGAUGAUGAUUUAAAACGUGUUUGCUCUCGCUGCGGAAUUGAAUAUCAAUUAAAGCCAAAUGGAGAUUAUGUUUCCUCUGAGGAAUGUAUCUAUCACUGGGGACGAGCUUGGAAGAAAAAGAGUGUUGUUGAGGCUCGAUAUACUUGCUGCCAAUCUACUUUAGAUGUUCGUGGAUGCGUUGUUGCUGGAAGGCAUAUAACACAAACUUUGAGACUUAGUACUUUGGAACAAUAUGUGAGUACACCAAAACCCUAUGGAGUAGGGGAUCCUAGAUCUACAAAAGUUUAUGCAAUGGAUUGUGAAAUGGUUUAUUCAAAUUGGGGACCAGAAGUCGCUCGGCAAGUUAAAUAG